GUGAGUGCUGAGAACACAGGAAUGAAUCAGACCUGGCGUAGGCCCUGGAAGGGAUCCCGGUCUGUGGAAGGAGACGGCUAGGGAAUCAAAUCACUUAGGAAAGGGUGCGGGUACGAUUGGACUGAAGGGCAGGCAAGGACACUCCAGGCGAGGGAACCCCGGGAGAAAGGUCCAGACUGGCUUGGACUCCUGGAGUUCCACUGGGGUGGGAGGUGAGGCAGCAGACAUGGGCAGGUCAGAUCCUGAAGAGAUGUGAGACGUGGACUGGUGGGAAGAAGAGCACGUAUAAACCCUUCGGGGGCUGCGGUGGAGGAGGGAUACAGUGCUAAGAGUCGACAAUUCAAACGCCUGCGAUGCAGAAAAUGAGUCUGAGAAGAGAAGAAGGGCCUUACUGAAGUACCCAGGGCCAGGAGGCAUCAGGGCCUGGAUUCAAACCCAACCCUGUCUCACUCUAGGGCGAGCACACAUUUUUCCCUGGCAGUGGGCAGCCUGCCUAGCGAUCAUCUGGCUUUGAAUAAAAUAAACUGCUGGGCGUUGACAUUAUGGCUUCUGUGACAUGGAGUGCAGCUGCGAAUGCUUCUGGAUCAUCCAUCCACCAGAUCUUUCCUGCCUGUAUAUCAGAAAAAAAGUCUGUCAGAAGAAACUACAGCUAUUUUGGUUCAGAACUGCCAACUGCAACAGGCCCUGCCUAGGAAAUGGAAACCUGGUUUUGUAUAUUUAGAAUAUUUUAAAACGCAAUGAUAACUCUUAAAAAUAAAACAAGUAGUUUUCUGAUUGACUAUAAUUAUGUAGUCUCAAACAGGUUCCUUGCCUUGUCUGACCUAUAAGCUAGGACAUCUGAUUACCUAAUUCUGGGCUCUGCUCUAAUCUAUCUUCAUGUACCCGUGGGAAGUUAUUUCUUUAAUCCAGGGUUUUCAAAGUUAUUUGCUCAAGUUCUCUUAACAUCAUGAAGACUGGAAGCCUACCUCAGCCACUUCAAGACUGGCUGUUACUUUGAUUUCUUCUUUCUUUUUCAGUUAUGCUGACUUGCAUUCUUUCCCAGAAAACAUCUUUGAUUCAUCAUAAAACGUCCAAAUCUUUUGGCAGAUAAAUUGCAAGUCUUUUUUCUGCAUAUCAAAUUUGAUUCUCCAAGAAGAUGUAAUAACACUAUUCUAUUUUAUAGGUAACGAAACUGGAUUAUUGUCACUCACUAUCAAAACACACAGUCACAAUUUCCAGGCACAUAUAGUGGUUGGUAGUCAGAUAAUCAAACUAACAUGCCAAGCUAGAUAACACUGUACUGUUUUUCAGUCCCAGCUGGACAGUGUUCCACUUUCACAAUUACCAUGGUAUGCACACAAAAGAAAAGCCUAUCAGAAAAAACAUCUUACAAAUAUUGUCAUCUUCGGUUACUGACAUUAACAGAAAUACACAAAGACACAGACCUCCUCAAGUCUCAGUCCUACAGAGACCUUCUCACAGGUCUCCAUGGUCACACUAUCCAUUCACGACCACUUAUUGUUGCUUUCCAACAGUAGCAUAUAACCUCUGAUACAAACUGCCUUACACCUAAGGAAACAAAGAUUCACAUUUGCAGAAACUAUCCCAUGAAAAUAAACAAGUCUACACAGGGUUCCAGACACCGAAUCGGACCCACAAGCGCACCCAAAGCAAGACACAUUCAUCUUUUCAACUGCCAGACCCUGCUCCAGUCUCUCGUGCCCAGGAGGAUCUUGACAGUGAAAGUGUCUCGCUGUAGUGAGGAGCUACAGCUACAAGAUGUUGAAGAGCUGCUCUGGCUUUUCUGGACUCUGUGCUUCACCAGUAGAGGAACCCUAUGGAGCAUUAAUUAGUUCCUGCAAUUCUAGAACCAUGACUGACGGCUUGGUGACAUUCAGGGAUGUGGCCGUCGACUUCUCUCAGGAGGAGUGGGAAUUCCUGGACCCUGCUCAGAGGGACUUGUACGUGGAUGUGAUGUUGGAGAACUAUAGCAACUUGGUCUCACUAGAUUUGGAGUCAACAUAUGAGACCAAAAAUACAUUUGCAAAAAAGGACAUUUUUGAAAUAAAUUUUCCCCAACAGGAGAUAAAGGAAAGAAGUAAAACCCUUGGCUUUGAGGCAUUCCUUUUCAAAAAUAAUUGGAAGUGUAAGAGAAGAUUUGAGGGCCUUCAGGGACAUCAAGAGGGAUACUUCAGUCAAAUGAUAAUCAGCUAUGAAAAAGUGCCCACUUACAGAAAACGUAAAUCUCUUACUGCACAUCAAAAAAUUCAUAAUCAAGAGAAACCCUACGUUUGUAAGGAAUGUGGGAAGGCUUGUAGUCAUGGCUCAAAACUUGUUCAACAUGAGAGAAUUCAUAUGGCUGAAAAACAUUUUGAAUGUAAAGAAUGUGGGAAAGACUUUUUAAGUGCCUAUCAACUCACUGUGCAUCAGAGAUUUCAUACUGGUGAGAAACCUUAUGAAUGUAAGGAAUGUGGGAAGACCUUUAGUUGGGGAUCAAGCCUUGUUAAACAUGAGAGAAUUCAUACUGGCGAGAAGCCCUAUAAAUGUAAAGAAUGUGGGAAGGCCUUCAGUCGUGGCUAUCACCUUACUCAACAUCAGAAAAUUCAUAUUGGUGUGAAAUCUUAUGAAUGUAAAGAAUGUGGAAAGGCCUUUUUUUGGGGCUCAAGCCUUGCUAAACAUGAGAUAAUUCAUACAGGUGAGAAACCUUAUAAAUGUAAAGAAUGUGGGAAGGCCUUCAGUCGUGGGUAUCAACUUACUCAGCAUCAUAAAAUCCACACUGGUAAGAAACCUUAUGUAUGUAAAAUAUGUGGAAAGGCUUUUUGUUGGGGCUAUCAACUUACUCGACAUCAGUUAUUUCAUACUGGCAAGAAACCCUAUGAAUGUAAGGAAUGUGGGAAGACUUUUAAUUGUGGCUCAAGUCUGGUUCAACAUGAGAGAAUCCAUACUGGUGAGAAACCCUAUGAAUGUAAAGAAUGUGGAAAGGCCUUUAGUCGAGGCUAUCACCUUACUCAACAUCAGAAAAUCCAUACUGGUGAGAAACCCUUUGAAUGUAAAGAAUGUGGGAAGGCCUUUAGUUGGGGUUCAAGCCUUGUUAAACAUGAGAGAAUCCAUACUGGUGAGAAAUCCUAUGAAUGUAAAGAAUGUGGAAAAGCCUUUGGUAGUGGCUAUCAAUUUACUCGACAUCAGAUAUUUCAUACUGGCAAGAAACCCUAUGAAUGUAAGGAAUGUGGGAAGACUUUUAAUUGUGGCUCAAGUCUGGUUCAACAUGAGAGAAUCCAUACUGGUGAGAAACCCUAUGAAUGUAAAGAAUGUGGAAAGGCCUUUAGUCGUGGCUAUCACCUUACUCAACAUCAGAAAAUCCAUACUGGUGAGAAACCUUUUAAAUGUAAGGAAUGUGGGAAGGCCUUUAGUUGGGGUUCAAGCCUUGUUAAACAUGAGAGAGUUCAUACUGGUGAGAAAUCCUAUGAAUGUAAAGACUGUGGGAAGGCCUUUGGUAGUGGCUAUCAACUUCGUGUUCAUCAGAGAUUUCAUACUGGCAAGAAACCUUAUCAAUGUAAGGAAUUUGGAAAGACAUUUACUUGUGGCUCAAGCCAUGCUCAACAUGAAAGAACUAAUAAUAAUGAUAAACCCUACAAAUAUAAAGAAUGUGGGGAAGCCUUUAUAUGGACGGCUUACUCAAAUAAGACAGUUGAUGCUGGUGAAACUUUAUGAUUGAAGAGAUGUGAAAGAACAUAUUUUUGUGUGUGUACAGACAACAUGAAGAGAAGUCUUACUCUUGAGAAACCUUAUGAAUGUAGAGAAUGUGCAAAAGCCUUACCUGUGUAUGGACAAUUCACUUGAUACCAGAAAAUUCAUACUAGUGAGAAAUAUUUUGAAAAUGAGGAAUAUGAAAAGGCCUUUAGACUUCUGUAUGAUCUUUUUGAACAUCUAUACUGAUGUGAAGCCAUUUAAAUGUAGGGAAUGUUUAAAGAUCUUUAUUUAAUUCAUGGUACAAAGUCUCAUAAACAUUGGAAAAAUUAUGCUUAUUACUCUUUAAGGGAAGGAUGUAAAUUUAAUUUGAUUCUUGCCCUGCAUAUCAGAGAAUUCAUACUGCUUUGAAAUCCUGUGAAUUUAAGGAAUGUGGGAAGACUUGUAGACAUGGUAAACAUCUUAGAAUACAUCAGGGAAUUCAUCCAAAUGAGAAAUCCUUUGAAUUAGAAUUGUAGGAAGGCUUUUUUUUUUAAUUCUUUUUUUAAUUAAUUAAUUAAUUAAUUAAUUAAUUUAUGGCUGUGUUGGGUCCUCGCUUCUGUGCGAGGGCUUUCUCCAGCUGCGGCAAGCGGGGGCCACUCCUCAUCGCGGUGCGCGGGCCUCUCACCAUCGCGGCCUCUCCUGGCUCCAGACGUGCAGGCUCAGCAAUUGUGGCCCACGGGCCCAGUCGCUCCGCGGCACGUGGGAUCCUCCCAGACCAGGGCUCGAACCCGUGUGCCCUGCAUUGGCAGGCAGACUCCCAACCACCGCGCCACCAGGGAAGCCCUGUAGGAAGGCUUUUAGACAAGUGCUAGUCAAACAAUUGGCCAGAAACUUGUUGCCAGUCCACAGAAUUGUUACCUGUCAGUCAUGAGAUAAAUGCAGAAAGUGAGAGUGUCUGGAAACUUGUAUAGCAAUUUGAUUUUGCCAUAACAUCAUCAUAUUUUACAAAAGUAUCAGUCGAUGAAUGAUUGGAAAUUAAAAACAAAAAGUUUGUCCUUUCCUAGAUAAUUUGAGAGACAGCAUUCACACUUUUUAAAACGUGAGACAAGUCACGAUGUGACUUAAUUAGAAGGAGAAAUCCCUCCCUUGUUACCUCCCUAAUUAAAGUAGCAGAAUAUUCAUUCCAUAGGAAGAUUUGGCUAAUGUGGGAAUCACAAUUUCCUUCUGCCCAUAAGAGCAUAGAGAAUUUAUACCAGAUAUGUUGAUUUAGUGAAUGUAUAGAAGCUUUCCAACACUAUUCAAUCUUUGUUAAACUUCAGCAAACUCUUUCUAGAGAAUAACCCUGUUAAUAUCACAAAUGUAGGAAACACCUUAUCCAUGGCAGAAACCAUACUUAUUUUUAUCACCAUUCUACCUCCUUAUUACUUGUGGGAUGUUGGGCAAACUGCUUAUCCCCUCUGGGCAUCAUGUUUAAAAUGCUGGUGAUGGUAGCUCUGUAGUAGUGCUGUUUAGAGAUUGGAUGGAUGUAGUAUGGGUCAAAUCCUUGGAAGAGUAUCUAGUAUGUAGCCUGUGCUCAAUACAUACUAUUGUUCUUAUUAUCAUCAUCAUAAAUAUUACUACUGGCGAAGUCUUAGGAGAAGAAUGCCCAUUUCGUAUAAUGAAUUUAGAAAAGCUUCCCAUAACCACUCAUCCAUUUGAAUUUCAGGUGGUUCAUUCUGGAUAAAAGAUCUAGUAAAAUGUGAAGAAUUUGAGAGGAUUUUUAUUCAUAAUUUAUCCCUUAAGCUGCAUCAAAAAUUAAGACUAAAAAGAAACAUUUUGGAUUUAGUAAGUGUUAAGAUGUUGGGAUUAUACCUGGAGAAGAAUCAGAGAGAGAUGUGAAGCAAUUUGCUGUAAUGAAUCCCAACAGACAAGUAGUAAUUAAAAUUCUCUACUCACUUUUUGAGGUAAAUUAGAAAUUAAAGAGAACAAAAAGAAAACUGUCCAUUUUGGAAUUCUUUACCAAAACUUUAUUAUGAUCAUUUUUUAGACAUUCAGAAAAAUUUAAAGAACAGUAUAAUGAACAUCCAUCUACUCUCUACAUAGAAUCAAGAAUUCUAAACAUUUGGCCACUUUUGCUUUCUGAAUAUAUAUUCACACAUGGCAUUUGGUUGUCAUGUCUCUAGAUUUUAGUCUUGAACAGACUUUUUGAAGAUUUCAGGAAAGCUAUUUUAUAGAAUGCCAUACAUUCUAGAUUUUGUUUGUUCUCUCAUAGUGAAAUUUAAUUUGUACCUCUAUUGUUCAUAUCUCUCAUAAAAUCAAGUUAGAGCUAGAGGAUUAAACAAUUUCCACCAGAACAAUUCAUAGGAGGUGACAUGUACUUUUUAUUGAAAGACAUCAUGAGCAAUUAAUAUCCAUUUUCCCCACUAUCACCAAUGCUUCGUUUGAUCAUUUGAUUAAGAUGGUGACUGCUGGACUUCCCUGGUGGUGCAGUGGUUAAGAAUCUGCCUGCCAGUGCAGGGGACAUGUGUUUGAUCCCUGGUCCAGGAAGAUCCCACAUGCCGCAGAGCAACUAAGCCAGUGCGCCACAACUACUGAGCCUGCGCUCUAGAGACCGCAAGCCACAACUACUGAGCCCAUGCACCGCAAGUGCUGAAGUCCAUGUGCCUAGAGCCCAUGCUUCACAACAAGAGAAGCCACCGCAAUGAGAAGCCUGCACACCACAACGAAGAGUAGCCCUUGUUCACUGCAACUAAAGAAAGCCUGCAUGCAGCAACGAAGACCCAAUGCAGCCAAAAAUAAAAUAAAAAUAAAAAUAAAUAAUAAUUAAAAAAAAAAAGAUGGUGACUGCUAGAGUUCUCCAUUAUAAAGAUCCAUUAUACAACUAGUAGGAUUAGUGAACCUUGGUCAGCUACUUUUGGGAAUGUAUAAUCAUAUGUAUGUAUAAGUUCUGAAUCAAAGAGAAAAUUGAAACAGAGAUUUUGCAGAAAACAAUGAUAAUGAAAUGAUUAUAUAUUGGAGCUUGUAGGAUGUCCCUGAAGCUCUACUCAGUGGGAAAGUAAUACCAUUGUUAAUAUGUCUUGGAGGAACCAAGAUGCAUCUGGCCCAAAUGGAGGGCCAGAACUAUACCUUGUUUCCCCCAGUAUCUACAUGGUUCCUGUCACACUGAACUAAGAAGCUAGAAAAAUAACAAAUCCUAAACCAAAAUACAGAAGCAAUCAAUAUAGCUAAAAUUUGAGAUUAAUGAUUAGGAAUUAAAGCAAUAGUCUUCGAUCAUUAUUCCUCUGUGAAAAGUCCACUAACCUCAACUGGACUUUGAUAAAUCUGAACAAGGAAAAAAUCAAGAAAAUUGGCAACAUUGUAGAAUCAUGAAUAAGAAAGGAGAUGUAAUUAUAGAUAUGGAGGUUUUUUUUUUUAAAUUUAAGGCAAUACAAUGUAUUUAAACCUAUUUGGACCAGUAAUCAAAGGAAAAGGCUGAAAAAAUUGGUCCAGGAUCUCCCUUUUAGAAACAACACUUGGAAUUUGUCAUCUCCUUAGGUAAAAAUUUCAAGAUGAAAAUAGCUAAAAAUUUUACUAACUCAUCUUACCUGGAUAACAUAAAUCUAGUAACAAAACUAAAUGGAGAUAGCCUCUAAAAAGCAAAAGCUAGAUUAACUGAAUUUAGGUAAAUGUAAAAAUUCUAAUUAAAUAUCAGCAAGCAGAAUCCAAAUGUACGAAGUAAGACUGUGCAAUAGAAAAUAUAUGGGAUAUCCAGACCCAAAAUUUUCUGGUUUAAAUGGAAAUAUAAGCUAACUGACCAAAAAUUGAAUCAGCACAAGUGUAAUUUAUUCUGAUAGUUUAUCUUAGACUUGUAUGACUUUUAGAGCAGGAAAUCACACACAGCAACUUAAUUCUAAGAUGAAUUUUAAUAUUUGGAAAUCAGAAUGCAUCUCAAAGUUGGUGGUGUCUCACAUUCAUUUUCAUCUAGGUGGCUGUCAUGAUUUAGUGCUAACAUCAAAGCAUGUUAGUUAUGAUGAAAUAAAAGUGUUUAUAUACUUACAGAAUUCAACCCUUUAAAAAUUACUGAUUUCCAAAUAUCAGUUACAUCAAAACUGCAUUGACAAAUGUCUGUGGUUCAUCUUGGUCAUUGUUUUAAUCUGCACCCUACCUCUAUGUCCAUUUUGUGCAGGUAGGCCAUCCGUGAUAUCACUGUGUAGUCGUUUACCGGCUAGUGGUUGACAGCAUUAUUCCACAUAAUUGCAAUUUUAAUCAUCCAAUGUAACACAAAGAAUACUUUUGAGUGUUUUAAUAGAGUAUAGCAUUACCACUCAGUAUUUUACUCCUCCUGGGUGCCAUAUUUGCAUGUUAACUAGGAGAUGUGGAGAUGGUGCCUCGUCCCACGAAGCAUUUCUGAAAUUGUCUCAAAGAUCACCAGUACUUAAAAAUACUUGAAAAACAAGGGGAAUUCUCUGGUUAAAGAAGCUUAUGAAGCAGCAUCUUCUAAAUCCCCCUUAGGGAACGACCAAAAGCACCUUAUCAGCUUAUCAAAAGACAAAAGAGUAGUGAAGAAAAUUGUUCAACUUUGUUUAAAUUAGUAUAUCUCAAACUGUACUAUGGAAAUGCCAAUUCUCAUGACUUAUUAACAUCUUAGGGAUGUGAAACUGCAUUGGGAAAUGCUGCCAUAACUAAAAGAGAGUCUGUAAAGUUGGAAAUUUCAGUCACCAGGUCUGAUUGUUAGCUGACAGGAUGACAGUUAGCAUCAUGCUCUCAAACAGUUGCCUUCUAACAUUUUCUCUUAUUUGUGAGUAAAAAUCUUUUUGUAUCUAA